AUGGCGGUACCGAUCAAGAAAUGGGUCAAGAAGGCGAACAUGCCUUUGUACUGUAUUACUGGUAUGUUCUUUGACUUCUCCGUGUACUUCUAUUGGUUAGUUAUACCCGUUUUAAUGAAGAAUUUGGGUGCAUCGCCAAUGGUUAUAGGAGGGGCCGAUGCUGUCACAUUUUGUAUAGCUGGUGUAUGUGCGCCAUUGAUGGGGAUAUUAACAGAUAAAUGGCGUGGUGAGAUUCUUUGUAUCGUUGCGUGUAUAUUACAAGCAAUAAGUUGUAUAUUAACAGCAUUGUAUUACAUCAACAACACGGAGAUCUGGCCCAUCUUCUUGUUCUUGAUAAUACAAGGAGUUGGUCUGGCUAUGUUCUGGUCACCCGAUGAGACAUUAAUUGGUGCUGAAAGUUACAUAGGAGAGGAGAACAAGAACAUCUCAUACUUUGCUAUGUUGAGUGCAUUAGGAAAAGCCGUUGGGUUUCUCUUUGGUGGAAGUGCAACGUCUCUUUUAGGUGACCAAUACUCCCUUUAUUUAGCCGCACUCCUUCCACUCAUUGUAUUCGUAAUCUUCCCACGUCUCCCCAAAUAUAAAAACGACAAAACAAACCCCGCCAAAGUCUUCCAGAAUAAUACUAUCAAAAGAAUCCAUCCAAAGAUAUUCUAUUACACUUCUUUAAUCGUCCACUUGUUCAAUUAUGGAGUGAUCGCUAUAGUUCAAAAUCAGUAUAUUGACUAUGCUGGGGAUUAUAACAUCACAUUACCUGGUGUUUCUUCACAACCCUCGGUCUUUGUUGGAAUCUUUUUGUUUGUUGAAAACGUCAUUCAGACAAUCACUUUUGUUGUGUUAGGUAAGUGGAGUGGAUGGCAAUACAAACAAAUGUUCAAUUUAUUAGCAUUUGGCGCGAUGUUAGUUGUCUCUAUUGGACUGUUUAUAUUCAAGAAUGGGUGGGUUGUCAUGCUCUUCUCAUUACCUAUGGGGAUGGUUGCCGGAUACGAAUUACAAGCAAACUUAUAUUAUUCAAUUACCGUAUCUGCAGCACAUGGGAGAUACUUAGGCGUGUCGGAAUUUAUUGGUGAAAUGACUUAUUCGUUGAGCCCACUUAUUUGUGGCGUCUUCUGUUCUAUAUUCACAAAAGUGUGGAUGCACAUCAUAAACAUCUGUAUGUGCACAUUAGGGUUUACUAUUGUGGCGAUAGCGACAUUCUUGUAUCAAAGGACGCACUUAUUCGAUAAGUUCCAAAAGGUUUCACCACAGGAAACAGCGACUAUUGAACUCGACGACUUGUCCAGAGUCUCUUCGAUGGAAAAGACAAGAGACUCAAUGGACUCAUCAAGAGCUUUGUCUUCUAUGGAUGGGACAGAUAACUACAGAAAUGCUAUUUUGAAGGCGAUCACUGAUGCUAAAGAAGGUUCCGAUAAUAGGUCGCCGACGUUACAGAAUGUCGAACAGAAAAAGGAUGACGCAACGCAAAAGAAAGACAUGCAAUAA